AUGAAACCGAAUCAAGUUUUAGCCUGGGUGAUUGGGGCCUUGAGUGUCCCUGCAGCCCAGGCCGCAUCCAUUCGGGGACUCAACCAAGGGGUGCCUGCAGGGGGAGUCGAAAGUCGCGACAUGGCAGCUGAGGCAGCAGUCGGUAUAUGCAGUCCAGACGACGCUACUUACAGCACGGAAACCAUGCCAGAGGGGGCAUACACUGACUGGGGUGCCCUCGGCCUCGAUAAUCUGACUUCUGGCCGACAAUUCGUUACAAUCGUCAAUCUGACUCCCCACCGGUUCAAGCUUGACAGCACUCACUCCUAUCAGAUGGAUACUUUUGAUUGGGGGGACAUUCCGUCUGGCCGCUCGCGACAGAACAUUGCCCACUAUACAGAGCGCGCCGGAGCAAACCAGGUGGAUACAAACGGCGAAGCAUAUUACUCGAUUGAGGGCACUGAUAAGAAAUUCGUCAUUCGUGCAACAACACGCGUACCCGAUCGCCACCCUCGUCGGACAGUAAUUGACCUCAGUGGCAUGGGCCUAGGUCAACGCGAAUAUCUCGACCCUAGACCGGAAGUGCCAGUUACUUUGGUAAUUACUGGGAGCGACAGCCAUGGAUUCAUGGCGUCUCUUAAUCACGGUACCGGCAACUGGAUGAAACAAAUCUACGAUGUCAUCAAAGACAGGCCGCUCCAGCAUAUUGUCAUGCCUGGCACGCACGAUGCUGGCAUGAGCACCAUUAGCAACCAGAUAACUUCCAUAGGCAGCAAAGCCAACACUCAAACCCAGGCGCUCAAUAUCUAUGAUCAGCUCCGCGUAGGUGCACGAUGGUUUGAUAUGCGAAUUCUGAGUGUCCAUCAGUCCAACACCGACGACUAUGCAUUCUGGGUAGCGCAUGUCAACGACGAGACGGCUGCUGUUCCCAUUGGAAACACCGGCGAAAGCCUAAGCAAUAUUGUCGAUGAAAUCAACAAGUUCACUUCGGAAAACCCCGGUGAGAUCAUAUUCAUCAAGCUUAGAUACCUCAUCGGCAUCCGAAAAGUACCCGGUGGCGCUAUCAAAUGGGACAAUGACAUUGUGGACAACUUCUUCAGCGAACUCAAGAAGGUCAACAACCGUUGUGGUAACCUUGACACCAACACCGAGUUCCAGCGUCAAAAGGCUUCGUAUUUUAUGGAGCAGAACGAUGGGGCAGGCUGCGUUGUUUUCCUCCUGAAUGGCGACAAUAUACCAGACGGAGUCACGAGCUCAUCGAUUUCCGAGGGGCUAUAUCCGGCCUCUCAAAUGGCAGUUAACGACCACUGGUCAGAUCUACCCACCACAAAACCAGUGGCCGAGGACCAAACCUCCGUAUGGUCAGGGAUAAAUCGUGUUGAACCAUUUACCGACGACGAAUUCCUCAUCAGCCAAUGGCUUGUAUCCGCCGAUGCCCUUCAAACAACCGCACUGACAAUCCAGAACAUCGCCAUCAUGCCCACUAACCCAGCCCUCUACUGGGCGGGCGUUAAUGCCAUGAGCCCUACCCAAUGGCCGAAUGUGAUACUGGUCGAUUACAUUGGCGUUGUUGUCACGGAUCAAUUUUCUUGGGACCAGCUCAGUGCUGAGCUAUACACCCUAGCUAUAGGUCUGAACCUCUACAUGCUUAGUGAGAACUGUGAUGUGAGCGACCAGCGAUCCGUUCUUCUUCCGGCUGCGGAAGCUGCCAGAAAAGAUGCAAUCCAGAGAGUCUCUGGAGCUUGGAACGGCAUUAUAUAUGCCAAUGGGACGGUUGUCGAUAACCCGCCACGCAAUUUCCAUCUAGGGCGCGUAGAGGUUCUGAGGAACGGCACGGUUUUCAAUAACGGUACAGUUCUUGAGAAGGACAUGCGAAAUCCGUAUUUACAUUCGGCUCCUGUUUAG